GGGGUGGGCCUGUUACAGGGGAAGGGGGGGGGCUAGUGCCCCCCCCCCCCACCCCACCCCUCAGCCUUGGGUCGGGUCUCACUUUGGAACUAACAGGACUUCUCCCCCGUCUCUGUGCAGGGCAGUGCAAGGGCACAGCUUUCCCCGCAGCGCCAAGCUGCCUUCUGCCUCCCUGGCAUCAGUCGCCCCCCUCAUCAGGAUGCUGACACUGUAAUACAGCCCUGAGGCUUCCCUUCCCCUCCCCUCUGCUGGCGGCAUCUGAGACAGCGCAUCCAGCUUUGGCCGUGCCUUGUGAACCAGGGCCCCGCUUCCCGGCCUGCCCCCGAUCCUUUCUCAGGGACACCCCGCACUGGCGAAGAUGGAAGAGAAGGAGCGGUGUGGCAAACUCCAGCUGCUCUGACACCAAGGAGAUUCAAAGCUUUUGAUACUUUUUUUGAGGGGGGAGGGGAGCACCCCCAGCGGGCAUUUUAUGGGGAGCAGGGGAAGAAAGGGGGAAAACAUUCCAGAUCUUCACUUGAUUUUUGCACCCGGCUGUUGGAGACGAUUGCUGAAUAAACCGAAGCCGAGAGUUGCAGGGGGAGUUGCCAGCUGGAAACUGGAAUAGUGUGCAAAAGAGGAGGACGGUGGGCUGCUGUUUUGGUUGCAGGGGUAGAAACUUCAAGUCUCUUUAUUCCUUACCACCUUCCUCCUCAACUGCCCUAUGAGAAAAUGAGUUGUGUGCCAUGGAAAGGUGACAAAACCAAAUCAGAAUCACCAGAGCCACCCCCGCUGGCCCCACUGCGUAUAUACCAUGAGAAGCAGCGCAGAGAGCUGUGUGCUCUCCAUGCCCUCAAUAAUGUCUUCCAGGACAACAAUGCCUUCACACGGGAAACACUGCAGGAGAUUUUCCAGAGAUUGUCUCCCAACACUAUGGUGACACCACACAAGAAGAGCAUGCUGGGAAAUGGGAACUAUGAUGUGAAUGUCAUCAUGGCUGCGCUUCAGACCAAAGGCUAUGAAGCAGUUUGGUGGGACAAGCGCAGGGACGUUAAUGUCAUUGCUCUCUCUAAUGUGAUGGGCUUUAUCAUGAAUCUGCCCUCCAGCCUCUGCUGGGGUCCCUUGAAACUCCCCCUAAAACGACAGCAUUGGAUCUGUGUCCGGGAGGUAGGAGGCACCUACUACAAUCUCGACUCCAAACUCAAGGUGCCUGAGUGGAUUGGAGGUGAAAGUGAGCUCAGGAAAUUUUUGAAACACCAGCUGAGAGGAAAGAACUGUGAACUUCUCCUGGUGGUACCAGAAGAGGUGGAAGCACAUCAGAGCUGGAGAGUUGACAUGUGACUUUGAUGUGCCCUCUCCCAUUACAGCUCCAGUCCCUUCCCUCACUGCCCUGAGGUCCUGUAACCUGGAUAAUGAGUGCCCCAGUUCUUCUCUGGAACUUCCUUUUGUUGGGCUUUUUUCUUUCUCUUUUGGUGCAAUAGGGCAGUGACAUAAGGGGUGGGGGCAGAGUGGAGGGGGUUGGAAGCUAGUCACUUCUUAAUGGAGAAGUGAGGAAAGCAAGUUCUGUGCUUUCCAGCUAAUUGGUAUGCAUAGUGCUUCAUAAAACAGGCUUUGGGGUUAAGGUGUUGUGGACCCCCCCACUGUUCUAUUUUACCCUCCAGCUCACCUUAAAGACUGCAUGUGCUUGGACACUACUCCCUUCAGAACUUACCAAAGCUGCUCUGGCUGGAAGGUGGCUUCAGGGGGAGAAGAGGCCAAGCACUCUGCCUCCACUCUACAACAGUAUCUCCCUCCAUAACAGUUUUGUAGACAUUUGGAAUUACAUAUAAGGGUCUCUCAGGAAACUCUCCAACACUAGCAGUGAUACAGUGCUCUGGAGAAUCCCCUGCUGCUUAGCAGUACUUGUGCCAACUCAGCUACAGAAGGUGAGGGCCAUCUUUAUGGAAACUUGUUGGUUAGGUAGGGGAUUUUUCUCUAAUGUCACUUAGGAGGUGCAUCUCAAACCAGUCCAGAGAGGUAAUACUCCCCCUCUAUGCGACUUUGGUCAUGCCACAGCUGGAAUACUGCGUCCAGUACUGGGCGCCACACUUCCAAAGGGAUGUGGCCAGCCUGGAGAGGGUUCAGAGGAGGGCCACCCACUGGG